GAUUGGCUCUUCUACGAUGACGAGACGAACCCUAACCCUAAACCCCCAAAUUUUGGGUAAUGUCUCAUUGUUGAAUCUAAGCCAAAUUGCUCUGGCGCUGUAUGAAUAUGGUAUUGUUUCUGCGCAAGAAUUUGGGUGGUUUAAUUUCGAAGCAAAAUUCAUCACUCUGCAAAUACAAUGUUUCUCUCCCUCUGUUGCUCCGCAAUUUAUCGGCGUCGCCGGAGAGAGAAGUAGUCACCCCCGGCGCGGUUCACCAUGUCCUGGUGAACAAACACGAUUUCUCUCCCGAAAUCGCUUCAGCGGUCUCCUCCGCUCUGAGCCGAUUCAGAUCCCUCCAAAAUGCCGAUUCGAUUCUCAGUCUCCUCGAAGAGAAGCGCUUUUCGAGUAGUCAGCUGCAGAGAAUCGUGACAAUCUAUCCUGAGAUUCUGGCGGCAAGAGCUGAUGCCGUCAGGCACAAGAUCAAAAUCCUCAGGGACUUCGGCUUUUCUGCCGAGGAGAUUGCCAAGAUAAUGUCGUGCAGUAACGCGAUUCAACAUUCAAGCGCGGAGAAGAAGAUCAUCCCGCAGCUCGCCACGCUCAAGGGCAUGUUGGGAUCCAACGACGAGGUGAUAGGGCUGGUGAAGAGAUCCGUGUGGUAUAUGACUGUGGAUUUGGAGAAAAUCUUCCUCCCAAAUGUUGAUUUCUUAAGGAGCUGUGGAGUAACUACAGAGGGUAUACGCGUAUUUCUGCAUAAUUACCCGCGUUGCCUCUUGUUGAAGCCUGAUUUGAUGAGGAAGGCGGUGGAGAGGGCGACGGAGAUGGGGGUCGAUCAAAGGAGCAAGACUUUUGUCCAUGCUGUUCGUGCUAUUGCUUCGCGUAGCAAACAGAGUUUGGAGCUCAAGAUGCAGGGCUUUCGUGAUAUGGGAGUCUCGGAGAGUGAGAUAUUAGUGAUGUUUAGGAGGGCGCCCACGGCUUUCUGCAUUUCGUUGGACAAGAUGAAGGAGAUCAAGAGUCUCCUGCUAGCUACCGGGAGGUACGAGAUGUGUGAUCUGAUCAGUGAUCCGUCGACAUUCAUGUGCAGCGUUGAGAAGAGGUAUAAGCCGCGGCUGCAAGUCUUGGAGAUGUUGGAGAGUAAGGGUCUGAUUGAGAAAUGGCCUGCUUUAUCAUCGAUUUGCAGAUGGACAGAUAAGAGGUUUGUGGAGAAAUUUGUGAGGCCUUAUUCAGAUGAACUUGGUGAAGUAUGUGGUGCAUUUAAGGGUAGUAAGAAAAGCAAGAAGUGAUAGUUUGCUUUUAACAUUUUGAGAAUGUUGGCAUUGUGUUCUUGUUGAAGGGUAUAAAUCCUAACAAAUUUCUUAGCCUUGUUACUUUGUUAGGUUAGCAUUGGGUGAUGAGAGUAAAGUGUUUUGCAGUCCUGUAAAGGAGCUAACAAUAAUAAAAAAAUUAUCAUGCUA